AUGGCAACAGUCAAGAUGAAAGCAGACCAGAAGAAAAGCAUUCUAUUGGAGAUAAUAAGAACAAGUAAGUCAUUCUUCAAGUUACAGGAAUUGGAAACUCUGGGCUCGAAGAAGGGGAUAGUGGUAAAUACGAUCAAAGAAAUUCUACAACAGCUUGUUGACGAAGGUCUUGUCACUGUCGAGAAGGUUGGAACCUCCAAUCUGUAUUGGUCGUUUGCAUCUGAAGGAGUCCAAAAGAAGAAGUUGAAGUGUAAAGAGCUUAUGGACGAAUGUAAAAGAAUGUCUGAAGACAUUUCUAACAAGAGAAAACACUUAGAAGACGAAAGAAAGUCCAAGAACUACACGGAAGAGAGAAGCAGGCUGGAAGAAAGGCUGAAUUCCCUAGAGAAGAUGGAGGAAGAACAAAAAAAAGAGCUAAAGAAGUUCGAAGAAACAGAUCCUAUAGUCUAUGACAAGCUUAUCGGAGAUAGAAAGAAAGUAAUCGACGAGUAUAAUAAGAUUGUUGACAACAUUUUUGUUAUACAAGAUUAUAUCUGUAACAAGUUUGCAAUGGAAAAGUCAGAGUUUAACAGUAGCUUUGGGAUUCCUCAGGACUUGGACUAUAUCCAAUGA